AAUCACACAGAAGGCGAAGACUUUUUCGAGCACAAUUCAAAUCCGGUCCCCUUGGGAAGUGUUAACAUAUAUUGGCCAGCCGAAAAGUAGCAACCGAGCGGAAAUCAAGACGAACACAUAAAACGCCACACACCGAACACCGAAACAGACAGAAAAUCCGAAAGGAAAGGCGGAAAAAUCGAAGGAUAAGUGGGACAGUGAUUGGAUGAUAAGACAGGCCUUUUCCUCGGGUCCUGGGUAGAAAAUCGGAGGACACUGCGCCACCAUGUCCACCGCCUUCCUGACCUUAAUCGCCGUCAUCGUGUGCAUCCUUUUCCGCAUCCUCAAUGUCCACAGUCAGCCGCUGAAGCCGAGUGUUUGGUGCCUGGACGCCCAGUUCCUGGAUUGCCUCUACAAAAUAGCACCCGUGCUGAGGGAGCCUUACAUUCCUCCGCGUCUUUGGGGAUUUAGCGGUCAUGUGCAGACAGUUUUGCACAGCAUUGUGGGCAGAGUCCGUUGUCCUUGGCCUCUGGGACAGCGUUUGUAUUUGUCGCUUGAGGAUGGCUCCACUUUAACCUACGACCUGUACCAGCCACUCAACGAACAGGAGGAUGACAUCACGGUGGCCAUUUGCCCGGGCAUCGCCAACAGCUCGGAAUCGGUUUACAUUCGCACCUUUGUGCAUUUGGCCCAGUGCAACGGAUACCGCUGUGCGGUCCUAAAUCACAUUGGAGCCUUGCGCAGCGUCCAGGUGACCUCCACACGCAUUUUUACCUACGGCCACACGGAGGAUUUCGCCGCCAUGGUGGAGCAUUUGCACCAGAAGUACCGUCAAAGUCGAAUAGUGGCGGUUGGUUUCAGUCUGGGCGGUAAUUUGGUCACCAAGUACAUGGGCGAGGACCAAAAGACAAAGCCCGUCAGCGUUAUUGGGGGCAUAUCCAUUUGCCAAGGCUACAAUGCCGUCGAGGGCACCAAAUGGCUGCUCAACUGGCAGAACUUCCGGCGAUUCUACCUGUACAUCAUGACUGAGAACGUGAAGAGCAUUAUCCUGAGGCAUCGACAUGUCCUGCUAUCCGACGAGGUGAAGGCUCGGCAUAAUCUCAACGAGCGCGAGAUCAUCGCCGCUGCCACGCUACCCGAAUUGGAUGAGGCCUAUACGAGGCGCGUGUACAACUUCCCCUCCACCCAGGAACUGUACAAGUGGAGCUCGUCGCUGUUCUACUUCGAUACGAUUCAGAAGCCCAUGAUCUUCAUCAAUGCCAAGGAUGAUCCCUUGAUUCCAGAGGAUUUGCUGCAUCCCAUCAAGGAGUAUGCCAGUGAGUAGAUGAAUAAUUGAUUAGAUACUCGGUUGCUUAUCUUUCCAUUUGCUCUUUCAGCCACUAGACAAAACACUGCCUAUGUGGAGGUGGCCCAUGGCGGACACCUGGGCUUUUACGAGGGCGGUUUCCUAUACCCCAAUCCGGUGACUUGGCUGGAUCGCACCCUGGUGGCCAUGGUUGGAUCGCUGGUCAUGAUGCAAGACGUCGGCAAGGUGCCUUCUUAGGCCCGUGACGCUAAUCCCAAAAGGCACACACAACUAUCAAAAUUGGUUGUCGCUGACGGAUAUGAAUCUUUGAAGGAACAUCGCGGUACAGAGCCCGAAAGACCCCAUACAUAUAGUUCUAACAUAUAAUAUCGACGUGCAGCAAGUAAAAAUUAUCAGCCGCGCAAGCAGGAAAACAUAAAUUGAUGUAUACUUUUGCAAAGUGCAUUUAAAACAGAGAAAUUGCAGUUUUCGACAAACGUUUUUAUGCUUUUUUUAAUGAAUUUUCGAAGAGCCAAACAUACAAAAUGUAUCAGUUAAACUUGUACCUUAGUUAGUUAACGCGAACCACAUGAUUCCAUGUACUUAUGUCUAAGCAAAUUCCUAUUUAUUAGCAUUUUACUUUGUGAUCUAACAGGUUUUAAUUAUGUAUAUUUUUAUAUGUCAAAAAUGUACACCAGGCACCGCACACAAUAUACGCUAACUGACAGUAA